GGGAAAUUCGGGGGGACGCGUACGAAGCUGCGGUGGAGAUGCUGGACCGUGGACCCCCAGCUCGGGUACCCAUCCCGUGAGGAGACACCCCCCCCCAGUUCAGCCCCCUCCAGCUGGAUGCCACCCUGGCCCUCCGGAGGUUCAGGAUGUCCCAAGUGCCUCGGUGACCACCAAGAAGGGGGACAGCACCCACCUCCAGCCACCUCACCCCGACCCCACCGGCGGGAGAGACGUUUUCUCCUGAGACGAGUCCCAACCAGCUGAUCAAAAUAGAGUCCCUCAAGGUGACGGUCGACUUCUUGAAGGUGCCCUUGGGCCUGAAGAAGCCCCCUCUGAAGGAGGCCCUGGCUGCUGUCCCGGGGCCGGGGAGACCCAAGGUCCUCGGCGUGGAGCGGCACAAGCCCCGGCGCUCCGACACCAUGGACAAUGAGUCGCAGUACUCGGGAUAUUCCUACAAAUCCGGGCACUCCCGCAGUUCCCGCAAGCACAGGGACCGGCGGGACCGACAUCGCUCAAAAAGCCGCGAUGGGAGCCGGGGGGACAAGUCGGUGACCAUCCAAGCACCUGGAGAGCCCUUGUUGGACAAUGAGUCAACUCGGGGGGACGAGAGGGACGACAACUGGGGGGAAACCACCACGGUGGUGACGGGGACGUCGGAGCACAGCAUCUCUCACGAUGACAUCACCCGGAUCACCAAGGACAUGGAGGACAGUGCCCACCUGGACUGCUCCCGGCACCUGGGUGUGUCGCUGGCCGGGGCGCUGGCCCUUCUCGCCUUCCUCACCCCCCUCGCCUUCAUGCUCCUGCCUCAGCUGCUGUGGCGGGAAGAGCUGGAACCCUGUGGGACACCCUGUGAAGGGCUCUUCAUCUCCGUGGCCUUCAAACUCCUCAUCCUGCUGUUGGGCAGUUGGGCUCUUUUCUUCCGCCGCCCCAAAGCCUUUUUCCCUCGGGUCUUCGUCUUCCGAGCUUUGCUGAUGGUGCUGGUUUUCCUCCUGGUGGUCUCCUACUGGCUUUUUUACGGCGUGAGGAUCCUGGACUCGAGGGACAGGAACUACCAGGGGGUGGUGCAAUAUGCUGUCUCCCUGGUGGACGCCUUGCUCUUCGUGCACUACUUGGCCGUGGUGCUGCUGGAGCUUCGGCAGCUCCAGCCCCAGUUCACCCUCAAGGCCGUGCGCUCGGCCGACGGCGCCAGCCGCUUCUACAACGUCGGGCACCUCAGCAUCCAGCGAGCAGCCGUCUGGAUCCUGGAGAACUAUUACCACGAUUUCCCGGUCUACAACCCCGCCCUCCUCAACCUGCCCAAGUCCGUCCUGUCCAAGAAAAUGUCUGGCUUUAAAGUCUAUUCCCUCGGCGAGGAGAACACGACCAACAACUCCACGGGUCAGUCCCGGGCGGUGAUCGCGGCGGCCGCGCGACGUCGCGACAACAGCCACAACGAGUAUUACUACGAGGAGGCCGAACACGAGCGCCGGGUGCGGAAACGCCGCGCCAGGCUGGUGGUGGCAGUGGAAGAAGCUUUCACCCACAUCAAGAGGCUGCAGGAGGAGGACCAGAAGAACCCACGGGAGAUCAUGGACCCACGGGAGGCAGCUCAGGCCAUCUUUGCCUCCAUGGCCCGGGCCAUGCAGAAGUACCUGAGGACCACCAAGCAGCAGCCCUACCACACCAUGGAGAGCAUCCUGCAGCACCUCGAGUUCUGCAUCACCCACGACAUGACCCCCAAGGCCUUCCUGGAACGGUACCUGACGGCAGGACCCACCAUCCAGUACCACAAGGACCGCUGGCUGGCCAAGCAGUGGACACUGGUCAGCGAGGAGCCGGUGACCAACGGCCUGAAGGACGGGGUGGUCUUUGUGCUGAAGCGCCAGGACUUCAGCCUGGUGGUGAGCACCAAGAAGAUCCCUUUCUUCAAGCUCUCGGAGGAGUUCGUGGACCCCAAGUCGCACAAGUUCGUCAUGAGGCUUCAGUCUGAGACCUCCGUGUGAGCUGGAGAAGGUUGGGGAGGGGUUUUUGGAGGGGGGAGACCCUCUCUGAACCCCCCUGGUCUCCAUGGGGCUCAGGGAGGCCCGAGGGCAGAACUUCAGUGGGUGCCAUCAAGCAGCACCCAUGCCUGGCUCCAACCCAGGGACCACUCGCCCUCCACCCCAGGUUGGGGUGGGCUGAGCUCCUUCCUCCUUCCUCCUCCUCCUCCUUGAAGUCCAUGUAGCAUCCCCAGGGACAGCAGCAUGGCCAGGAAGGAGAGGGCGUUUCGGUGCCAUCACUCAAGGGCUAACUCCACAUGUUCUUCACCAGCGUCCUCAAGCACCACCAGGUCCCAAGGACCUUCUGCUCUGGCUCCUUUUCUACCUGGCCGUUGUCCUGGCUCUGGCCUUAAACCACCACCCACCAUCUGGGGCUGGUUUUUGAUCUCAGAGAUGUGGGUUUGGUGAGGAUUUUGCAAACACCUCCGUGAUCCAUGGCUGCUAUGAAAACCUCCAAGGCCAUCCAAGACCAUCCAAGGCCAUCCAAGACCAUCCAACACCAUCCAACACUAUCCAACACCAUCCAAGAGCGAUGCUGCUCCUGGCUGUAGGAACGUCCUUCUCACCCUUCUCCUGCUGGUUUCCACACUCAGCUCUUCACAAAAGCAAGUGAAGAUCUGGUUUUUGAAGAGAACCAGAAGGGUGGGUUUUUUUUUUUAAGUGGUUCCUCUUCUCCUGAGGUGACCCAUGGCCCUGGUCCCAGCAGGAUCUCCGCGGGGCUUCCCCACUCCAGCUGCAGCCAGAGGAGCUUCAGGUGUCUCUCAGGGUCCAAUUCUGGACCUAGAGGCAGUGGGAGGUGAUGAAACCAGGGGUUCCUGGUGAGGGUGCUGGGAGCUGGUGGCUCAGUGAGGUCCUUAAUCCAUGUCCCAUGGGGGCAGGUGGUCCAUGGUGAUGCCACCAGCAGGGACUGGUGAUGAAACCUCUGCCUUGGUGGUGUCAAGGUCUCAAAUACCUCAUGGGUUUCUUCCUGGAUCUCCUUGUCUGGCCAUGCUGGGCUGGGCUGGGCUGGAGGGGGGGUCUUGUGAGGUCCUGGAGGGGUCU